GCCCUGAGCACGGGCAGACCGCUUUCCCGUAGCAGGCGCCAGCUCCGUCUGGAUGGAACACCGGGGUCACGUAGUGGACUUUCCAUACUGCUCCUCCUGCGGCAAGGACAAGAAUCACAGAGGGUUGACGUGGAGAAAUAAGACACGUUGCUGCAGAGCGGCAUGAUUCACAGUCGCCAGGAGGUGGGAACAGCUCAGCUAUCUGUCAGCAGGUGGAUGGAGAAACAGAGUGUGGUCCCUCCAUGCAAUGGAAUAUUACUCGGCCAUGAAAAGGGAUGAAGUGCUGACACAGCCUACAAGGUGGAGGGACCUUGACCACAUGAUGCUCAGUGAGAGAAGCCAGACACAAAAAGCCAUGUAGUGUGUGAUUACAUUCAUAGAAAAUGUCCAGAACAGCCACGUGAGGACCCAGCGAGCAGGUGGCCGUGUGCAUCCCAGAAGAGAGCCCUCACCCCACUAAAAGAGCCCAGAACCCCACUAGGUUGCAUCUCGAUCUUGAACUUCCAGCCUCCAGAACGGCGAUGCCAUCAAGAACUCUCUAGGAACGUUCUGGAACAUGAUCACCUCUUCACCACCAGGUAACAGAAUAAGGAGCCAUGAAACAGCCGUUCUAUGACUGGAACUGCUGGCUGUCGGUGUCACUGUGGUGUUUGUUUGGGGGCCUCAAUGGGACGUUCGUGACGAGGAACUCCAGGCCCAAUAUUGUCCUGUUGAUGGCGGACGACCUUGGGGUGGGAGAUGUAUGCUGCUAUGGUAAUGACACCGUGAGCACACCCAACAUCGACCGCCUGGCAAGUGAGGGAGUGAGGCUCACCCAGCACCUGGCGGCCGCCUCCGUUUGCACCCCGAGUCGGGCUGCCUUCCUGACGGGCCGGUACCCCAUCAGAUCAGGAAUGGCAUCUCCCUUCAACCUGAACCGUGCCCUCAUCUGGCUUGGAGGGUCAGGCGGUCUGCCCACCAACGAAACGACUUUUGCCAAGCUCCUCCAGCAUCGUGGCUACCGCACUGGACUCAUAGGAAAAUGGCACCAGGGAUUGAGCUGUGCCUCUCGGAACGAUCACUGCUUCCACCCCCUCAACCAUGGGUUUGACUACUUCUAUGGGCUGCCCUUUGGCCUCUUCAGUGACUGCCAGCCGUCCAAGACUCCGGAACUGCACCGCUGGCUCAGGAUCAAGCUGUGGAUCUCCACGGCGGUCUUGGGUCUCGUCCCCCUCCUGCUUCUCAUUCCCAAAUUCGCCCGCUGGUUCCCGGUCCCCUGGAAGGUCAUUCUCGUCUUCGCCCUUCUCGCCUUCUUAUUUUUCGUCUCCUGGUACUCUAGUUAUGGGUUCACGCGGCGCUGGAAUUGCAUCCUGAUGAGAAACCACGAGAUCAUCCAGCAGCCGAUGAAAGAGGAAAGAGUCGCUUCGCUGAUGCUGAAGGAGGCGCUCGCCUUUAUUGACAGGUAUAAACGCGAGCCCUUUCUCCUGUUUGUCUCGUUUCUGCACGUCCACACUCCGCUGAUCACCAAGAAGAAGUUUGUUGGGCACAGUAAAUAUGGAUCGUAUGGGGAUAAUGUAGAGGAAAUGGAUUGGAUGGUGGGGAAGAUCCUGGAUGCCCUGGACCGAGAGCUGCUGGCCAAUCACACGCUGGUCUACUUCACCUCCGACCACGGGGGCCGCCUGGAGGCGCAGGAUGGAGGCACGCAGGCCGGCGGCUGGAACGGCAUCUACAAAGGUGGCAAAGGGAUGGGAGGAUGGGAAGGCGGGAUCCGCGUCCCGGGAAUAUUCCGGUGGCCGACCGUCCUGGAGGCUGGCAAGGUGAUUGACGAGCCCACGAGUCUGAUGGACAUUUACCCAACGCUGUCUUAUAUCGGCGGAGGGAUCCCGCCCCAGGACAGAGUGAUUGACGGCCGGAACCUAAUGCCCCUGCUGGAAGGCAGGGUCUCCCACUCGGACCAUGAGUUCCUCUUCCACUACUGUGGGGUCUACCUGCACACAGCCAGGUGGCAUCAGAAAGACUGUGCAACUGUGUGGAAGGUUCAUUAUGUGACUCCCAAAUUUUCCCCAGAGGGAGCUGGUGCCUGCUACGGAAGUGGCAUGUGUUCAUGUACUGGAGAUGUCACCUACCACGACCCUCCACUGCUCUUCGACAUCUCAAGAGACCCUUCUGAAUCCCAGCCUCUUAACCCUGACAAUGAAGUGUUGUUUGACUCCGUGGUCAAGAAAAUCGAGGCAGCCAUAAAAGAGCAUCGAAGGACGCUCACACCUGUCCCGCAGCAGUUGUCUGUGUUCAACACCAUUUGGAAGCCAUGGCUGCAGCCCUGCUGUGGGACUUUCCCCUUUUGUGGGUGCGACAAGGAAGAUGACAUCCUAUCCACUGCUUGGUGAGCAGAAAGGGACUACUUGUUACCAACCACCAACAUACGAUUGCCAAGGUCAUAGGAGCAAGGCUCAGCUAACUCAUUCAUUCCAUUGGGGAUCAAAAAAUGAUGCCCUCCACCAUUGUUUUAAGCUUCAGAUCUCAGUUGUCUCUUCAAGUCAUGUCCAGGAGCUCAGUGAAAUGAAAGUGAAACCAUACAGCAAUGGGCCUGAAGUGGAGCAUUUAUUUCAUCAUGUUUUUGUAUAAUUGUGUCAUUGUUCGAGGAAAAAAAUAGACCAAGGUGACCUUCUGCAGAUUCUUGUGGAUCUGCAGUUCCUAAAAGAUAAUUAAAAGUAGCAGGUCCAAUGUCAUUGUUUUUACAUGGUUAUGUUAGAAGGUUGUACUUGUGGAUCCUGACUCCUUGAUUUCCUCUUUUUUCUUCUUUUCUUCUUUUUCUGUCUAGCAAACAUUGGGUUUUGAGACAAAGUGGCUGGCUAUGGGUCUUCACCCUGCCUCCUGCUAUCCAUGUGAUUGGGGGCAAAUUUCUGUGUCUUGGUUUUUUCAUGUGUAAAAUGGAGAAAACCAGAGUCUAUUUCACAGAGUAGCUGUGAGCAUUGCAUGCAUUCAUUCAUGUGAAAUUGCCUAUUGGACAAGAAGCCCUCGAUAUAUUAUUAUGAAUGUUAUAAUUCUCAAUCACAAUUAAUUAUAUUCCCUGAAGUAUGGAAUAGGAAGAAUGGAGAAGAUGUCAAUUUUUAAAGCAAAACAGACAAAAAUGGCUGAAAAAGAUUUUAGUUGAUGAAAAACUUUCAGGAAGCACCGUAAUUCUAAGCAAGAUAAACAGAAACAAAUUCACAACUUGAAUUAUCACAGGGGAACAGAGUGCAAAAUAAAAACUAAUCUAAUUAAAACUAAACUAAUUAAAACUAACUAAUUAAAAAAUAAUUAAACUAAUGUUGGCUUGGUAGCAGCUCCAAGGGAAACCACAAGACAAUACAGUCAUCUUUUCAAACCAUUGGGAGAAAACUAUCAACCCAGAGUUACGUACCUAAGUUAUUCAACAAUGGCAGUGAAAUGAUUAACAACACGGAAAACUAUUAUUGUGGAAUUUUAUGUUCCUUUGUUUAAUUCUGCUUUCAUGUAUUUUGAAGCCCUGGUAUUAGAAGCUUUGUAAAAAAUUGGUUUCUAUUCCUGAUGAAUCCAACCUUUGAUCAUUAGGCAACUUACCUGUUUAUAUCUGGUAAUACUGUUUCUCUUGAAGUCUAGUUAAGCUGAAAUGAGCAUAGCCACUUCAGCCUUUCUAUGCUUAAUAUUUGAAUAAUGUACGUUUUUUCCCCUUCACUUUAACCUCUAUGUGGCUUUAUACUCCUCGACAUCAUAUAAUUGGGUCUUGCUUUUUUAUCCAUUCUGGUAAUCCCUGGUAUUAACUGGAAUGUUUUGUCCAUUAACGUUUAGUGUGAUAUUUGAUCUGGUUGGAUUUUGGUCUUUCAAUUGUGCCCCAUCUCUUGCUACUUUUCUGUUUUCUUUGGGCUCACUGAUUUUUUUCUGUUGGAAUAUUCUUCUAUCUUUUGUCUUUUUGCUAUUCCUCUUUGCAUUUUUUUUAGCGGUAGAUCUAGGAAUUAUAAAGUAAAAGUUUAGCUUAUUGUGGUCUAAUUAGAGUUAAUAUUGUAUCACUUCACAUAAAAUAGAGAAACGUUGGUACUCCAUAGGUUUAUUUAAAACACUCCAUUGUUCUUUAUGCUGUAGGUGUUACAUGUAUUAUGUCUAUGUAUGUUGUCAAGCCACCAGAGAGUAUAAUAAUUUUGCUUUGUACAAGUCCUGUGUAUGUUACAGCAAUCAGGAUAAAAAAAUAGUUUUUUACGUUCACCUCAA